AUGUCAGCAUCGACAUCAGCCAAUCAAAAACAACAAGCUGGUCAAAUUCCCAUUGACCAACAGAACCAGCAACCUGGUCAAGGCAACAACCAGCAGAACCAGCAGCACCAGCAACCUGCUCAAGGCAAUAAUCAACAGCAACAGCAACCUGGCCAAGGUCAUGGUGGUCAGAACCAACAACAACCUGUCCAAGGAGGUAAUGCUCAAAAACAGCAACAAGGUCAAGCUGCUAAUGCUCAGCAACAACAACAAGGUGGUCAGAACGAUAACAAUCAACAACAGCAGGGUCAAGGUGCCAAUCGCCAGCAAAAUCAACAACAACAACAACCUGGCCAAGGUCUUAAUGCUCAGAACCAACAACAACCUGGCCAAGGUCUUAAUGCACAGAACCAACAACAACCUGGCCAAGGUCAUAAUGCUCAGAACCAACAACAACCUGGCCAAGGCAACAACCAACAGCAACAACAGCCCGGCCAAGGUCUUAAUGCACAGAACCAACAACAACCUGGCCAAGGUCAUAAUGCUCAGAACCAACAACAACCUGGCCAAGGGAACAGCCAACAGCAACAACAACCUGGCCAAGGUUUUAAUGCACAGAACCAACAACAACCUGGCCAAGGCAACAACCAACAGCAACAACAACCUGGCCAAGGCAACAACCAACAGCAACAACAACCUGGCCAAGGAGCUAAUGCUCAAAAACAGCAACAAUGUCAAGGUGGCAAUGCUCAGCAACAACAAGGUGGUCAGGACGAUAACAAUCAACAACAACAGGGCCAAGGUGCCAAUCGCCAGCAAAAUCCACAGCAACAAGCUGGUCAAGCCGGUUGUGCACAACAAUAUCAGCAAGCGGGUCAGGAUACAAGUGGACAACAGCAACAAUAUCCCCGCAUCAUACACUAA